AUGGAUUUCCUCAAGUCCGCCGUCGCCUCCGCGAUCGCCAAGGGUUCCUCGUUACCCUUUUCACUGGGUGAUCGAGUCGACAUCGGCGAUUCGAUCUGGACGCUUCACAACGGUACGAAACGGGAUGAUAGCUCUGCAUGCAGUGUAUUCACGUUCGACAUCAACGCGAAUAAGUCGCGAUUGCCACUGGCCAAAAACGCUGUUCGAAAGUCGAGGACAUUGAGACAUCCUGGUGUUAUCAAGGUGUUGGAUACGAUCGAGACCGAAUCGAAUCUUUAUAUCGUCACCGAACGAGUCGCUCCUCUCGAGUGGCAAGUCAAGCGCCGGAGCUUGAGUGAAGAGACCGCGAAAUGGGGAUUAUACGGCAUCUCGUCUACCCUCAAAUUCAUCAAUGAAGACGCUUCGUCCGUCCAUGGUGCUGUCCGCGCAGCCUCGGUCUAUACAAGUGAGAGUGGUGAAUGGAAACUGGGUGGAUUUGAUAUAUUGAGCUCCAUGAAAGAAGAUGACGCUAUCAUCUAUACAUACGGAAGUCUCGUCCCAGAUUCACAUCGGUAUACACCGCCGGAAAUUGUGAAGGGAGGAUGGGACGCUAUCAAAAAACAUCCAUUGUCAGCGGUUGAUGCUUAUGGUUUGGGCACAUUGAUCUUUGAGGUCUUCAAUGGCCAUUUUUCAGGUGGAGACCAAGCUGGCAAGACGACCAAUAUCCCUCCAUCUAUGCAACAGAGCUACAAGCGGCUUUGCACAGCCAAUCCCAAACUCCGACUGAGCCCCGCUCACUUUGUUGAGCAGGGUAAGAAGCAUGGCGGGUUCUUCCAAACUUCCUUGAUUCGGUUGACAGAGGAUAUGGAUAACCUGGGACUGAAGAGUGACGAAGAACGAGAGGAAUUCAUAAAUGAGCUCAACAAACUCUCGGAUGAUUUCCCAGAAGACUUUUUCAAGAUGAAGGUUCUCCCCGAGCUGCUCAAGUCAGUGGAGUUUGGCGGUGGUGGCCCUAAAGUCCUUGCUUCUACCAUCAAGAUUGGAUCUAAGCUAUCAGCGGAUGAAUUCAAUGCCAAAUUAACACCUGUUAUCGUGCGCUUAUUCGGAAACCCUGAUCGAGCUCUCCGCGUGUGUCUAUUGGAUAACCUCCCUUUAAUGAUCGAUAAUCUUCCUCAGAAAGUUACCUCUGGUUUCACCGACGCCGCUCCCGUGGUCCGAGAGCAGACCGUAAAGGCAGUUCUGACGGUGAUCAACAAACUUAGUGACAGGGUCGUGAACGGCGAACUGCUCCGGUUCCUCGCCCGCACCGCUAACGAUGAACAACCUGGUAUCCGAACGAACACUACGAUCUGUCUUGGCCGGAUUGCCAAAAAUCUUUCCCAGGGCACUCGCUCAAAGGUCCUCAUUGCUGCAUUCACAAGAGCCAUUCGCGAUCCAUUUCAGCAUGCCCGAGUUGCCGGUCUACUCGCGCUGGCCGCCACAAUUGAUGUUUUCACCGAGGAGGACUGCGCUGCAAAGAUUCUUCCCGCCAUUUGCCCAGCUUUGCUAGACAAGGAAAAAUUGAUCCGCGACCAAGCCAACAAAACCCUCGACCUCUAUAUCCAACGUGUUCGAAAGUUUGCCACCACCAUGACCGAUUCUGCGCUACCUGCAGAACCCAGCAAGGCCGACAUCCCUGGUGCUCGGAUCGGCACUUCGAACGACAAGUCCUGGGCUGGUUGGGCGAUAUCCUCCUUCACCAACAAGAUCGCAGCCGCAGACGGCGAGAUCGAACCUACAGGCGCUACCAACAAACUAGUAGAGACAGAGGCAGCCCGAUCCGCGUCCGUCCCUCGCCCCGCCAAAUCAUCACCAUCUACGCAAUUGGAACUUCCAAAGCAAACACCCUUGCGCCCAACCGCCCAGCCACUGGGCCGAUCGCUCUCAGAUAGACCGGUCCCCGUUGUGCAACAGCAGGAAAUUGAAGACGAAGGUGACGAUGUCUUCGAUGCAUGGGGUGCAAUGGACGACGACGAUCAAGAGACCGAUCCCUUCACUGCAGCCGUUGCAUCGCCUAAUCCCUCAUCACCGGAUCCAGUCACAAGCCAAGUCCCGGCCGUAUCUUUCGAUGAUGGAGGUGAGCCUGAUUUUGCCGGGUGGUUGGCUGCGAAGAACCAAUCAAAGGCGAAGAAGCCCCUUCCAAAGGGCUUGAAUAAAUCAUCCUCCACCAAUUCGGCACCUACGAGAAGUACUGUUGCUGCUGCCAAGCCGCGAGUAGCGGCACCAGCGAAGAAGAUCGAUACGAAGCCGAAGGAAGAUGUCAAUGAAGACGAUGGGUGGGGUGAUGCUUGGGAUUGA